AUGGACGAGGAGAAGCCCCCUGAUCCUCCCGACAAAUCGGAAUACAGUCCCGUGUUAUGUGUCACACUUCCCCACGACAACCAAGAUAUAGACCUAAUGGAUUCUGAACCUAAUCAUAAUAGAAAGCGACCUGCAGGCUCUCCUAUUAUCUCCCGCAACAACCCUCCAAAACUAGCUAAAAGCAUAAAUGGUAGGCAGUGUUACACGGCUAGAGACAACCCCCCUUAUAUUAUCCAUGUUUCGCUCAAGGACUCCCAGACAACUGGUACUACGCUUCACCCAAUCAAAUUCGGGAUGUUCUUGACGAAAAAUAAUAUAAGCAAUAUAAAAAUUGGAGGAGUGAAACGACUAGGUAGAAAUAGAGUGUCCGUUGAAUUUGUCUCCCACCAAGACGCAAACAGUUUCUUGGUUAACUGUGUUGUAGCUCAGAAUUAUACCACCUCAAUCCCUCAAUACAAUAUAACAAGAAUGGGUAUUGUAAGAGAUGUUCCCAUUGAGUGGACAGAGGAAGAAAUUAUCAGGAACAUCAAGGUUCCUGCUGGAUGUGGAAUUGCUAUCAAAGCAAGACGGAUGAACCGUAGGGUGUCAUCAGAAAAUGGUACGGAAUGGAAGCCUACCCAAACUGUGGUGCUGACUUUCGAUGGGCAAAUUCUUCCAAAGAAAGUUUUUUGUUUUUACUCUGCUCUCCCCGUAGAAUUGUACACAUACCCCACAAUACAGUGUUUCAACUGUUGUCGUUUUGGUCACACUCGCACUCUGUGCCGCUCCAAGCCGCGUUGCUUUAGAUGUGGUCAGGAUCAUCCUGGCGAUGGAUGCUUAGUAUCAGAGGAAGUUGCACAUUGCAUUAAUUGCAAUGGCAACCACUUUGCUAAUAACAGUGCUUGCCCGGAGUUAGGCCGCCAGAAGAGCAUUAAGGCUCUGAUGGCAGAAAAGGCAAUUUCAUAUGCGGAAGCAAGCCAAGUAUUCCCUGCAGUUAAAAAGUCAUAUGCCGAGUGGAACGUGAGGAGUACUCUUCCCAGGAAGAGUGACUUACUACACCUAAUCAACAAAUUUAAACCAACUAUUUGUGGCAUUGCUGAGACAUGGCUCCGACCGAAUAUUAAUUUCAGAGUCCCGUGUUUCAGUGUUGUCAGACAUGACAGAUCUGAUGGUUAUGGAGGUUGUGCUUUGUUAGUAAGUAACAAAGUACCCUUCUCUCAGAUCCCUCUACCCUUCGUUGGCGAUGACAUAAAUGUUGUCGCUGUUAAGGCUGAGGAUAUAAAUAUUUUUAUGUUUUAUAUUGCACACCCUCAUAUUAACCAUUUGGCUAUAAUUAAAAACUUAUUAAUGUCAGUAAGUGGCCCAUUACUUGUAAUGGGCGACUUUAACUGCCAUCACUUUAGAUGGGGUUCAGAUACCUGCGACAACAUAGGUACCGAGUUAGUAGAAAUGUUGGAUGAGCUUAACCUAUGUGCCAUUAAUGACGGCAGCCCAACCCGUAGAUCUGCAUUUGGGCAAAGAAGCAGUUGUGUGGAUUUAACCUUCUGCUCAGCUAAUAUGGCAAGCAUGCUGAAUUGGAGCUGUUUGAAUAUGACCUAUGGUAGUGAUCACUAUCCCAUAAUAAUUAAAAACCCUUCUAAAUCCACUCCCGAUAAAUCCCUCCCCCCCCUAUUAAAAUAUCGUUUAGAAAAAGCAGAUUGGGACCUGUAUUCAAAAUUGUUAGACCUUCGCAUUUCUUCUCUCCCACUUAUUAAUACUGAGAAUGCUUUGGAGUGUUUUUCAAAGUUUUCGGAGUUGAUAUCUUCUACAGCUGAAGAUUGCUUUCCAUUGAAAAACACACCAAAAGGCAAAAUCCCGUCCCCUCCUUGGUGGGAUAGUGAAUGCACUGCCAUGAUAAGAGCCAGGAAUGAGGCCGAAAAGGCAUAUAACCGAGACAUGAACCUGGAAAACCUCUUUAAUUUCAAGCGGAUGUUGGCUAGGUCAAGGAAACUUUUUAAAAAAAAGAAGAAGCAGGGGUGGCAGAGAUUCUGUACGUCCCUGAGCCCGUCCACACCGGUAGCAGCAGUUUGGCAGAGGGUGAAGAGCUUCAGAAACUCCAUGAAGCCUCCUUCAAUUUCUAUCAUGCCUGAAGGUCUGAGCCACAAUUUCUUCUCCAGUAUUGCUCCACUGUAUGUUCCCGGUGAGGAUGAAUUUUGCUUGGGUCAUCAUGAGGAAUCGCUUGACCCACUCGAUAGGAAUUUCUCCAUGGACGAGCUUCAAAUGGUUCUAAACCACGUAAAAGACUCCGCACCAGGGAUUGAUGGGUUCCCCUACUCCUUCUUGGUUAAGGCAGGAGCCAAAACCAAACAGUACUACCUUGACUUGGUCAAUUUCUGUCUUGCUUUCGGCUAUAUUCCUCCUCCCUGGAAGGUUCAGGUUAUUAUGCCGCUGUUAAAAGCUGGCAAGGAUCCUGGUGACCAUUCGUCUUACAGACCUAUUGCCCUAUCGUCCAUACUUAUAAAAAUUUUAGAGCACCUUUUAAAGACCCGGUUGGAAUGGUCGAUGGAAGGCCGGGGCCUGUUUCCGGCGGCUCAGUUCGGCUUCAGGAAAGGUCUGGGUACGGCUGAUAGUGUGGGUACCCUCACGUCAGCUAUCCGACUGGCCCUUAGCAGGGAUGAGUCGUUGGUGGCAGUCUUUCUGGACGUUUCAUCGGCUUAUGACUCGGUUCUCCUACCCCUUCUCAGGCAGAAACUGCAAGAGCUGAGAAUCCCGAGUAGGAUUUGCCAAAUUAUAGGCUGCAUCCUUUCCAACCGUACCCUCCAACUAAGGACUCCUGAGGAUGACCCAACACAGAGAACGGCCUGGAGAGGUUUACCUCAGGGGUCUGUCCUUAGUCCCAUCCUGUAUAAUAUUUAUACUCAUGACCUCCCUUCCUGUCUAAAUUAUGAUUGUAGAAUCCUCCAGUAUGCUGACGAUAUCGCAUUAAUGGUCACUAGCAGCUCUAUAACAGAUGCUACCACCUCCAUGAAUGUCUCUUUGGCCUCAUUACACCAAUGGCUUCUUAGUCAUGGGUUGUCUUUAAGCGCCCCAAAAAGCUCAGCUGUCAUCUUCUCACGCAGACGUCGCCUUCCAGAUAUUCGUAUAGAGAUAGACGGUCAGCCUAUUCCAGUUAUGAGGAAGGCUAGGUUCCUAGGCGUCAUCCUCGAUUCUAGGAUGUCGGGGGUAGAUCAUGUGGACGCUGUGGUUAAAAGGUGCGAGCGGUCAGUAUGUGUACUCAGAGCACUAGCUGGGGUAUGGUGGGGUGCUCACCCCUACACACUGAAACUCAUCUACAAUGCAUUGGUCAGGAGUGUGAUGGACUAUUGCUGUUUCCUUAUAGCACCAUGCAAUAAGGAAGCAUUUAAAAAAUUAGAUUCCAUCCAGGCCAAAUGCCUAAGAAUAAUUAUUGGAGCUAUGAAGUCGUCCCCCAUAAAUGCUCUUCAGGUUGAAUGUGCAGAGCCCCCCCUCGACCUUCGAAGACAAUACCUGGCAGACCGUUUCGUAUCUAAAGUCCUGACCCGCUCUUCUCAUCCCCUCCUCCCUAUCCUUGAACAAAUACACUGUUCCUAUGGUUCCUCUCCAUAUUGGAACAAUAAACCUGUCCCACCCGUGAUUGUUAGGUAUAGGGAGCUUAAAAACCUCUCUGCACCUAUCAGUCAACACCCUAUUCUCCCGGUUUUUUCUUCCGCAUAUGAGGUUAUCCACUUUAAGCCAAAGCUAGUUCUGAGGUUGGGCAUCUCAAAAUCAUCGGUGGACGCCAGGCGUGAUUUUGGACGCGCGUUGAGCAAUUACUGGAACGGCUGGAAUAUGUUUUACACGGAUGCAUCCAAAUUGUCCCGAAACGGAUGCACAGGAGUGGCAGCAUAUUACCAGAAUUCAAGAAUUGCUCUCCUCUCUAAAUGUCCUCCUGAAGCCUCUGUUUUCACUGGGGAAUGUAUUGGCAUUCUGGAGUCCAUCAAAUUUAUCAAAUCGCACAACCUCAGUAACUCAGUUAUCUUCUCAGAUUCUCGAAGUAGCCUACAAGCGCUCGGUCAAGACCAGCUUUACUCCCGAACGCAUAGUAGUAUAAUAAUGCAAAUAAAAAGUCUGCUUUUCUCCUGUCAAAAAGACGGAUUAAAUAUUGAGAUUGCAUGGAUUCCUGGCCACUCUGGUAUAUGUGGUAACGAGUGUGCUGACAGAUUGGCAAAGUUUGCGGCCGUGAAUAACGUUGAACGUCACCACUACAUUGUGUAUGGGUAUGACAUACGCGCGGAUACCAAACUUAAGCUCUUCGACUCGUGGGCUGCAGUGUGGGUGGACUCCUCUAAACGAAAAGGAGCUUAUUACCUACUAACAACUAAAAACUACCGCAAAGUUAUAAGUCGACGAUAUUCGCCGUUCGGUGUGCCCACCUUCGCAUUGGAAUCUCCCAAGACAAUGCCAAACUGCAAGACUAAAAAGAAGACGGGUACUCAGAAUAUUCAGAAAUUCAUCGAAGACCUCAAACAACAGUUUUAUAGAGCUAGGAAUUAA